CUUCACUGGUGAAAAAACCUGCCAUCUCCAAUAAUACUCAUUGCCAUUGGGGGACCUCUCUUUACUCUCUCUCUCUCUCUCUCUCUCUGCAAAUCCUUAGUCUCCCAAAGCGCAUUUGUUUUGUAUACACGUAUUUACAGAUACGCUUUCAGGGUUACAACACGUAUUUUUUCAUCCAUUAAUUUAUAUAUUUAACCCUCGUUCACCUUCUUCCACACAAAAACUCAAACCUCUUAUUCUUCUACAUAUAUAUAAGCUAUCUCAAACCAAACACCUUACGAAUAGCUCUCCCUCGUCUUUUGUGUAUGUGCAUGCAUAUAGGGUUCUUGUCUUGCCUCUUUGAGCUUCGUCAAUUACAAACAGUGAUUUGGUCAACGGAUAUUGUCAAAGGAGACUGCUUUCAAAUUGAACUCACCCAAUGGAGAGAUUCCACACACCAAAUGAUUCUUGUCUCAUGGAUGCCGAUUUUUCCGAAGCGGGAUGCUCACAACAUGAACUUCUUCUCUCCAGCGGCAGCUUCAGAUUCAGUGAUGAAGCAGAAGAAGAAGCAGCCGUACAUGUUCAGUUCUCAGACGCCGCCACCAUCGAAGACAGUAUCCCAUUUCUUCGAAUGCUAAAAAGCGUAAAACCCACCACGUUCUUGCCCUUCAAAUCAGAACCAAACAUUUUACAGUCCCUCCUCCAAAUCCAAACCCUAGAACCAGAAAGCUGUCUUACCCUCGAAUCCAUAAGUCCUGGUUAUUGCAAGCCCUUCAAGUUGGAAUCUCCUCCUCCGCCACCGCCCGCGCCGUCUUCGGCAGUCGAACUACCGAACGAAUCGGUCAAAGAACGGCGCAAACGGAAACGAAUGAGAGCGCCUAAGAACGAAGAAGAGGUGGAGAAUCAAAGAAUGACGCACAUUGCUAUCGAACGUAACCGGAGACGGCAAAUGAAUGAGCAUUUGAACUCCCUCAAGUGUCUCAUUCCACAAUCUUAUCUCCAACGGGGAGACCAAGCUUCUAUUAUAGGAGGCGCCAUAGAUUUCGUCAAGCAGCUCGAGCAGCUGUUGCAUUCCCUCGAAGCCAAGAAACGGGUAGAAAACGGAGACGAGAACGAGGAGAAGAUGAAAUCGGUGUCGUCUCGUGCAAGCGCAUCCGUGUCGGACGAAGGACUCGCCGCCGGCAGAGAUGCGGCGGAGGUGGAUACGGCGGUGAUACAGAACCAUGUGAGCUUAAAAGUGUGGUGUAAGAGACGACAAGGUCAGACUCUGCGAGCUAUUGUCUCGCUUGAAGAGCUAAAGCUCACGGUUUUGCAUCUCAACGUCACCUCUUCCUUGGACUCUGUCUUCUACUCUUUCAAUCUCAAGAUGGAAGACGACUGUGAGCUAGGAUCAGCGGAUGAGAUAACAACAGCCGUCCGUCAGAUAUUCAAACACAUCAACGGUGAACGAUGCGGUCAACCAUUAGUCGACUCCGUUGACUUUGACCUGCCAAUUGAUAAAAUCUCGGGAGGAAAGAUAAGUACAAUGUGAGAGAGAGAGAGAGAGAUGAGAAAAUUAGGGUUUUUUCCACUUUUAGAUCAACGGUGAGAGUUUUCUUCCCAGAGUUUGUUGGUUGUAAAUAUGAAUAUAGAUUCAAAUUGAGGCUGUUUAUUUUAUUCUCUGCAUAUCUAUAUUUUUAUUUUCUCA